AUGACAGGGUUGAUGAAGAAGUAUGGUAUCAUUCACAAGGUGGCCAUGGCAUAUCACCCCCAAACAAAUGGCCAAGCCGAAAUCUCCAACCGAGAAAUCAAGCGCAUAUUGGAAAAUAUUGUGAAGCCUCAUAGGAGGGAUUGGAGUUCUAAGCUCGGAGAUGCGCUUUGGGCCUACCGGACGGCCUAUAAGACACCAAUUGGUAUGAGUCCGUUCCGGUUGGUCUAUGGAAAAGCUUGCCAUCUCCCGGUGGAGGGGGCCAAAAUCGAAAGGAAGUUACAGUUGGUGGAGCUUGAGUAUCUUCAGUUGGAAGCCUAUGAGAAUUCAAGACUCUACAAAGAGAGGAUGAAAGUGGUGCAUGAUAGAAAUAUCAAAAGGAGAGAGUUUAGAGCUGGGGACCUAGUCCUCCUCUAUAACUCAAGAUUGAGGUUGAUGCUAGGCAAGUUAAGAUCAAGGUGGGAAGGACCUUAUAGGGUGGAGAAAGCUGAGCCAUAUGGAGUCUUCCACUUGAGUCACUCUUCAAGCCCCACAAUUCUCAAAGUUAAUGGUCAUCGUUUGAAACUUUAUCAUGGAGAGAAGAUGAAAAGCAAUAAAGAGGUUGAGGUGUUCCUUCUUGAGGACGCACCCAAGGGCGAAGAGAUCUGA